CUUUUAACUGAGACACACACAAAGCCUCAACGGCCCAAAAAACCAAAUGGGUUCCUACUCUUCAAACUACCUACGCUUGCUUUCUUACACAAAGCAAUUGGCCUCUCACGUCAACCAAGGCCGCCACGACCAAGCCCUCGCUCUCUUCCACCACAUUCACACCUCUCUCGCACUCACUCUCGACCCCUUCGUCUUCCCUCUCGCCCUCAAGUCCUGCUCUGCUCUCCACCGCCCACUUCUCGGCACUUCCAUUCACACCCAUGCACUCAAAGCCUCUCUACUCUCAAACCCAUUCGUCGCUUCUGCUCUCGUCGAUAUGUAUGGAAAAUGCGGCUCGAUUUUCUUAGCACGCCUAGUGUUCGACGAAAUUCCUAACAGGAACGUGGUUGUGUGGAAUGCCAUGAUUUCAAUCUAUACCCAUUCUAAUAAUGUUGCCAAGGCUUUGGACUUGUUUCAUAUCAUGGAUGUUAUGCCAAAUUCAUCCACUUUUAAUUCAAUUAUAGCCGGUUUGUCAAGACUAGAUGAUGGGUCGUUUAAGGCUAUUGCGUUUUAUAGAAAAAUGCUGUGUUCGGGUUUGAAACCGAAUUUGAUUUCUCUUCUUGCUUUGUUACCUGCUAGUGUAGGUAUAGCGGCGUUGAAUUUGAUUAAAGAGAUUCAUGGGUACUCGAUUAGGAACGACAUUGACCCUCACCCUCAUUUGAGGAGUGGCUUGGUUGAAGCCUAUGGGCGUUGUGGGUGUCUAGAGAAUGCGCGUUAUGUAUUUCAAAAUAUGAAGGAAAGGGACGUUGUUGCGUGGAGCAGCUUGAUAUCAGCAUACGCUCUUCAUGGGGAGGCAAGAAUUGCAUUGGAAAUCUUUGCGCAAAUGGAGAUGGCAAAAGUAAAGCCCGAUGGGAUCACUUUUCUUGGGGUGUUGAAAGCUUGUAGCCACACGGGAUUAGUUAACGAAGCCCAGACAUACCUUUCUCGAAUGCAAAAUGUUUAUGGUCUGGAAGUGACUAGCGAUCACUAUUCGUGUCUCGUGGAUGUUUUGAGCAGAGCAGGGAGAUUAUAUGAGGCAUAUGAGGUCAUACAAGAGAUGCCUGUGAAGGUGACUGCAAAAGCUUGGGGUGCCCUUCUUGGAGCAUGUCGAACUUAUGGAGAGGUGGACCUUGCAGAGAUUGCAGGGAGAGCUUUGUUCGAAAUAGAGCCUGAAAAUGCUGCCAAUUAUGAGCUGUUGGCUAGAAUAUAUGCUAGUGCAGGGAGACAUGAAGAAGCUCAGAGAAUGAAAAGAGAAAUGAAGGAGAGGGGAGUAAAGACGGUGCCGGGUAGUAGUUGGGUUAUAAACCAAAACUAACGCAAGCAUUAAUUUUGAGAUCAAUCUCACCUUUUCUAAUGAUUGACAAAAAAGAUGGCUUAUACAUAGACAUCGUGA